CGGGUGAGCGUAUCAAAUCCCUGGGUGAAUCUUGCGUGUGUUUACUUGGAAAAGGGGUAGCGAGAAAUUGCAGCAUCUAAGGGUAACGCCUCCAUUAUCAGUCCUUUUUCAGGCGUGGUUUUUACCUAACCCUACAAUUCGCCGAUCCUUCCAGUUAGGGUUUUUCGCUCUCAGCGAAAACGGUGUAUAUAGAAACCCUAUCUAUUCCUCCGAUGCACCAGGGGAAUUGAAUAUAUAUAAUAAGAAAAAGGCAAAAAAAAGAGGUGAAAAAAAUUUGUCUGGUAAAUUGUUAAUUCUGUUGUUUUGCGUGUUUCUGGACUCAGGAGCUGCGCUGUUCCCGGGGAAAAGCAUGUACAGUAUGAACACUAAAUGCAGUGCUGGGGAUUGCCAAAUAUUCUUGAUGUCAUGGUCUUCACCAUUGCCACCACAGUUUCUUUGAAACUGCUCAAGGUCUAGGGUUCUAUUUAACUUCUGCACCUGAGCUUUUAUAUUUAAGAGUGUUUAUAGAUAUUGGGCUAGUUGAUAGAAAUGGAAGCAAAAAUCGCAAAGGCAUUGGAUAGGGUUGCACUCAAUCUGAAGCGCAAGCGAGCGACCCGAUAUGCUGCACAUUUAAGUGGAGCUUCACAACCAAUGUUAGGGCAUUGGUCAUCUUUUACGUCACCAACAAGCAGGGCUGUCAAACGCAUGAGAUUGGGUGGAUAUAGAAACAGGCUGACAAAUGCUGGUCCUCAUAUUGGACGGUCCUUAGCUAGGCGUUUUUUGAAUUAUAAAAAGAGUGGGAGACUGGAGCGUUUGAUGUUCUAUGAGAAUGGGUCAUGGUUGGACUUUCCAAAGGAUGUUGUUGAUUUGGUUAAGAAGGAUCUUGAAAUCAAGCGGGCAGCUGUGGAGAUAGAGUCACAUGGGUAUCAUCUUUUGUUUGAUUUUUUGCGUCUGCAUAAGAUGGACCUUAAAACUGGCUUGCAACAACCUAUAGCUUUGAUUGAUGAGGCAGGGUGCUGUUUUUUCCCUGAAAUCUAUGCUGCUUCUGAUGAAGAACCUUAUAAUUUGAGCAAACAGGAAGGUGGAAAAAGUCCAGACUCAUAUGCAUCUAAUGAAAUAAAAUUACAUUUAGAAGUUGAAAUAAAUGGAGUGGAUCAAUCCAGGUUGAGUGAGUGUAGUGGGGAGUCCAAUGCUCUAGUUAAGGGUAUUCAAAUUGAUACUAAAGAAAACUGCUGUCAAUAUGAUGUAGAAGUUGAAGAUAGCAUUAACAAAAAGGACUGUGGAAAUGUUGGUGAAGACAUUCAGCAACAUCAAGACAUAGGUUUAGAUGCUUAUACUGAAUCAGUAUAUGGAAAAUUGGAUCUGAAUUCUGUACAAAAGAUGUUUCUUAAGGGAAUGUGUAGUUUUGGCAGUACUGAUUCUGACAUAGUUGAGAUUUACCACUGCUCAGGUGCGUCAAUGCAAGCACGAUGGGAGCUGUUCCAGAAGCAAGCUGAAAUUACCAAAAAAAAUCAUGGGGAAGCUAACAUUCGGUAUGCUUGGCUUGCUUCCUCUAAAGGAGAACUAUCUACAAUGAUGAACUAUGGACUUAGUCAUUAUGGACUAUCUGGAUCAAAGUGCACAUAUGGCAUUGGUGUUCAUCUUGCUGCUGUUACUUGCCCUGAUGCCAGUGUGCGUUAUUGUGAUGUUGACGAAAAUGGGGUUCGACACUUGGCCCUUUGUCGUGUAAUAAUGGGGAACAUGGAGAUUCUUCGGCCUGGCACUGAUCAGUUUCAUCCCAGUAGUUGUGAAUAUGAUAAUGGGGUGGAUGCCAUUGAAUGUCCACAAUACUAUGUGGUGUGGAAUAUGAACAUGAACACCCACAUCUAUCCGGAAUUCGUUGUUAGCUUUAAAGUCUCGUCUGACGCUGAAGGUCAUUUUUGUGGAAGUGAGGGUAAGAAUGUUUCUGGGGUUAAUACAGCCUGUGACGGUCCUCAUGGCUUGUUAAAUUCAGAAUCUUCUACUGUAGAUAAUGGAAAAGCUCCUAGUAUGGUUUCUAGCACCCCAAAAGUUCCAAAAUCCCCUUGGAUGCCUUUUCCUGUGCUUCUUGAUGCUAUCAGAGAUCAGGUUCCUCCCACGGGUAUGGAUGUAAUCAAAACAUAUUAUGAACAAUUCAGGUCUAAGCAUAUAUACCGGGAUGAUUUUGUGAAGAUGCUGAGGUUAAUAGUUGGAGAUGGUCUGUUGAGAACUACAAUAACAAAUCUUCAGUAUAAGAUACCUUCCGGUGGUGAAUUGAAAGACUCAAUCAAGAAAGAAGACUGAGGCUGUAUUUCUGUGAGGAGGUGGAGAUCUUUAUCCUUGGAGUCAAUUAAUGUCAACUGUUUGCUGGAUAAAUCAAAACUAUCUUUUUUCAUUUCCUUUUGUCAUCUAUAUUUGGACUUGAGACAUACAUGCAACUAGAACUACAUUAUAGAGUUUAGUUUGAACUGUUUGUGAUUAGGUGACUUGUCAAUCAACCCUCUUGUUUAUGUUGGGUUUUUAUGAUAAAAACCAGAAUUUGGAUAUUCCAUUUUUUUUUCACUCUAAUUUUCAAAAUGAAAUCACUUUGUAUUGUAAAUUUGAUAUAUUGAACUUCUUGUUGUGGUAA